CGUUUUGCUGAACUCGAGUAGCAAUAUUUUAUCCUCUCACACAUCAGUUACAACGAUAAUUAUAAUUUUAAAUAGUCGAUAAUGCAAUGAGUGCAUCAAAUUUUUUGUCAUUAUAGCGUGAUGUGACAAGUGAUUCAUUCAAUUGGCAAUCGUCAAAAACCCUCUCUUCGAGGUCUGGGCUCGGGAGCGCAUUUUUGAGCCAGUGAAAAAUGGAGCGUCAUCGAUAAAGCUACUUGGUCGAUCGACACCGAGCACAUUCGCAGGGAAGGAACUCGAUUAAUGAGUUGCCGUUGAUCGUCAUCGUUUAUGGCCGAUUUUCCGUUAACUCACCGGUUCAAAGUACUUUUUUCGGAAAAAUUGGACAACUUCUAGCAAAAGAGGCCUAUUGAACCUUGUUUCCUAAAGUCACUUUAUGCUGUGCUACAAAUUAUUUCAAUAUUCGCGUCGAUCGAGUCCGAGAAUCGCCCAUAUACAAGCUCAAGUCGAAAUAUACGCCGUUAUUACGAAGUCAGCUUUCAAAUAUUAUUUGUGCUCGCGCGUACGCGAACGCAUUGUACGAGCUGCUUAAAUAUUGGAAAAUAGACUUGAUUAUACUUUGAAUUCUAUGGAUGCUCGGCAAAUACCAAGCCUUGAUGCUUUCAAAGAGGUCUAUAAAGAAUAAAAUAGCAGAGUGAUUAACUGACUUCUCUGGGUUUCAAGAGCAACGAGUUUGACGAUCGCGUUUAAAUCAAUAUUCAUAGAACGCGUGCCACUGAUUAUUUUUUUUAUAACGUUAUAGCUUGGAUAGUGCGCGUCAAACGUUGCACUUUAUUCACAGGAACAGUCGAGCUAUGACUCCGUUGUCGGUCGCUCCUAUCAAUUCUUACCGAAUGAAGUGCUUCAGGGAAAAAAUUCUCGUAGCUUUUGUUAUGCUCGCUUCGACAACGCACAGCUCAGCUCGUGCCGAAGACAGCUGGACAGCCGAAUCCUUGAUCGGUGGCAGGAAGGUUCAAGCCAACGAGAUUCCUUAUCACGUGUCGCUGCAAUCGAAUAAUACGCACAUCUGCGGAGGUAGUAUAAUCAGCGACCGGCACAUUCUCACGGCAGCUCACUGCGUCGUCAAUGAACAAGAUCAGCUGGAGACGGAACCCAUCCAAAUUGCGGCCGCAACCAAUAACCUAAACAUCCCCAAUGGCAUUCGAGUCGAUGUGCUAAGGAUCUAUGUGCCCUCGAUCUAUAACGACAGCCAAAACUGGAAGUCGACUCUUCCUCCUGGUGACAUCGCCGUUUUGAAGUUGAAUCAAAUAUUAGAUGUGAGAAACAAUGGUAAUUUAAUGAAACUACGCUUACCCCGGCCCAACAAACGUCGCAACAAGGAAAAAUUUCGUACUUACGUGGACGAGGGCGUCGUCAUAUCUGGUUUCGGCUGGAACAAUGUCCAAGUGAAGACCAGCUCAAACAACAUGAGCGAGUACGAGGUAGGUUCGUCCAACGACACACUCAAUCGAGCCGUGGCAAUCGUCAUGAGCAACGAGCGCUGCCAGAGGUACUACAAGCACAACGUCAGCGACGAUCAAGUCUGCGCCAAAAUCAUCGAGUUUUCCGACGACACGCCCCAAGGAGUCUGCCGAGGUGACAGCGGAAGUCCAUUGGUCUACAACGGCGACACGGUAAUCGGAGUGCUCAGUGGCAUUUCACUCGGCUGCGACGAGAAUAAGGAACCUGCCAUUUACACCAGAGUAUCGUCUUACCUCACUUUCAUCAGGAACGCAAUGAAAGACGUGACGCUGCAGAUGCGCACGGCUGAUUUGGCGCAAAAUUAUCAGUUUUUGUUCCUGGUCGGAUCAUCGGCACCAGACAAAAUGCAUCACUUAAAAAAUAUCAUCGGCCUUGUCGGCUUGAUUAUAUGCUAUGUUUCGGGGAGUAAUGCCUUGAAAGGAGAACUCAUCGUCGGGGGUUACGAAGCUAAACCUGGACAAUUCAAGUAUCAAGUCUCAUUGGAGUUUUUAAGUGGUCAAAGUUUCUGCAGCGGCGCUAUCAUCGGUGACUAUCAUGUCAUAACUGCUGGCCACUGCGUUCUCGAAGCAGACGAUUCUUUCGACAGGUCACGCAUGAGAGUAUCCACGGGUUUAACUAGUUUGUACUCGAGAAAAGACUCGAUUGUCUCUAUGGUAGAGAAGGUCUACGUACUAAAAGCUUUCACGCGUCGCAAUCCUAUUGGAGACGUUGCUAUUUUGAAGUUAAAAACUCCUCUUGGCCUCGAAGAGAACGCCAAUAUUGAAAAAUUAAAUCUGCCCACACCUGGUCGUUCAUUCGCUGGUCAAACAGCUACCGUAGCUGGAUUUGGUUUGAGCUGGAUGAAUGUUCGUAAGGAUUCCUUUGGAAAUAAAAAGGAAUACGGAGGAAGAUUAAAUGGAAAUCUUAGAUAUGCCAAUGCCGAUAUUUUGUCUCAAUCUGCUUGUCAAGAAUCUUACCCGGGCAAGCGAAUAAGUCCGAGGCAGAUUUGCGCUCGAUUGCAUCAGCACGAUGAAGAUAAACCCGAAGGCGUUUGCUCAGGUGACAGUGGUGCUCCUCUAGUUUACGGAGAUAACACGCUCAUUGGACUAGUAAGCAGCAGUCCGCUCGGAUGCAGAGAAGACAAUGCACCUGCUAUUUACACAAGGGUGUCCACCUUCCUUCCAUUCAUUAAGGCAGCUAUGGCAGAUAUUGAGACUGAUAGCAUUCGUACAAAAGUAUUUUAA